CGUUCGAGGCGACCACACCACAGCAAGUGCGAUUGCUUGUCAAGCAGGAGAUUCCCUUGUACAAUUUCACCUGAGCAGCGCAGGUGGUGUGAGAGGUGGGUUCGAGGGGCGAGGCAAAAGGUAUCCGCGUUUUCACAGGCUCCGUAGCAGGUGUUGUUCCAGGAGUGUAGGAACCGGAUGUGUUUAGGAGCUUUUCGUCCUUCCCGUGUGGGUGUGUGUGUGUGUGUGUUUUUGUGAAUCAAAUAUCCUGUGGAAUCCUAGUGUUUGCUCUAACAGAACGACCUGUAACGUGCGCGGUUUGAAGCGCUCCCAUUGACCCCGAUGCUAGUGGUGCAGUGUUUUCCACUCUACUAAAGUGCGUGGUGUGUGUGUGCGAGUGUGUGAGCGUGUGUGUGUGUGUGUGUUCCUGGCGCCAAUUGUGUUUUUAAGGGGGAGGGGAAAAGUUUUUGUGAGUUUUUAAAGGGAGCCACAGUGCGCCACCAGAGUGUUGUGUUUGUUUGUUAUCAACGGCGCGUGAUUUUUCCUGUCAUUCCUUCGCCCCUUUUCCGUGAUUAGUGAUUAGUUUCCGAUCGGAGGAAAAGAAACCCGACUAAGCAUCAGACGCCGGCAAAGCUUCAGCACUACUUUAGUACGGUUUUUAGGUGAAGAGAGCGCGCGAGAAAAGUAGAAAUGGCCGCACCGAGGGUAGCCUCCACCGGGGGAUUUUUCGUGAACCAGAUGCUUAUGUUCUGGCCGGAGCGACUGGCCGCCGGUGCAAGCCGGUCGACGUCGAGUACGUUGCUUGCCAGCUUAGCUAGACAUCAAUUGCUGCAAAAGAAACCACUGGUUUUGGACGUAAGCCGUCGUUUCUCCACCGCCGCCGCAGCCAGUGGAUACAGCAAUAAGAGCUAUAAAAGCAACCGGAAAAGCAGCAUAAUCCACGGAGUAGGAUACCGCGAAUACAACACCUCUAGCAGCCGCAGUGCAAGCAGCAGCGGCAGCAGCAACCUCAGUAGCACCAGCACCGGUACCAGCAAAGCCGACAUCAUCUCCCCUGAAGAAGUAACCGUCCGGUACAAUCGAGGGUUGCCCAACGUCACCGUGCCACUGCCAUCCCGGAACGAACGCUGCCAGUUCACGCUGCGACCGGUGACGCACUCCGUCGGCGACUUUCUCGAGAUGCUGAAGGUGGAGGACCGCGGCAUUGACCGGGCGGCCGUGCUGAACCGCGAGGGCGUCCGGAUAGCGGCCGCCUGCUCCAUCGAGAACCUGAUGGCCGACGAUUUCUGGCUGCAUCUGAACGACAGACAAUACUACGUUAAGCCACCGAAACGUGAAAAAAUUACCUCAGAAGAAAUCACUAGACUAGGGGACGUCCAGGCACUCGUGGCGCAGCUCUACGAGGCCCUGCACGUGGGCGAACAUCAGAUUCACAAGGAGCGAGAACUGAACGGCAAGCUGGAGGAGCUGACCGUGAAACUCGGACCACUGGAGGAGAAAAAGAACGAACUGGACCAGAUCGCCGCACGGAAAACGAACGUUCUGACCUGGGUCGGUCUGGGACUGAUGUCGGUACAGUUCGGUGUGCUCGCCCGGCUAACGUGGUGGGAGUACUCCUGGGAUAUUAUGGAACCGGUGACGUACUUCGUGACGUACGGUACGGCCAUGGCUGCGUACGCGUACUUUGUUCUCACGAAGCAGGAGUACCUCCUGCCGGACGUGAAAGACCGCCAGCAUCUGAUCACGCUGCACAAGGCGGCAAAGAAGGCCGGCAUCAAUCUGGCCGAAUAUAAUGACAUCAAACGACAGAUCGCGGAAAUCGAACACGAUCUACGCCGGCUGCGGGACCCCCUGUACAUGCAUCUGCCGGCGCCACCGCCGAAAAGCAAAACGUACAGCGCGACCGAGAUCGCACUCUCGAAGAAGCAGAAGAAGGCCGCCUUCGAGGCUUCGCUGGGCGUUCCCGGGAGCACCGGUCAGCAGUAGGAAGCUGAAUGGUUGACUUUGCAACACGGCUACUAGCUGCUACUAGACCGCAGACGAACGACCAGCGAUAUUUGUGGUUGCGAAAACAAACAAAAGACGCAGGAUAAAAUGUCCUUUCGUCGUACCGUCGGUGGGCAGACGGAAUGGAAGGUGAAGAAAGGAGAACAAAAAAACUCAAAGCAACAGCAGAUGAUAGAGAAUAACGAUUGAAUCGAAAGUUAGAUAGAAGGAUUAUGACGAGCUGAGCAGAUUUCAUCCUCGGUCCAAGGAUGGCAACGGUUGUAACAAGUGGGUUCGGUGCAGCACAAUCCAAAACAAUCAAUUUCUUCAACCCAUGAACAAUGGCCGAACGGACAGAAGAUUACUACAAGCGCACAAAAAUGCAAAAGUCACACAAAACACAUAACACUAAGCGCAAUAGCAAAACGUUUGAUAACAUGAAAACAGCAAAACCGAGCAGGAGACAAACCGUCGGCCAUCGAUUGUGAAACCUGCCUCCAAUCCUCAUCCCUAAAACAAAAGAAAAAACCUAAUGGCCCGAGAUUCGUUUCGUAACCAUCGAUCUAGCACAAACUGACGCACCCCGCAAAAUGUAAAGAAACGCCUCACUUUCUCUACUUGUUUGCCGUACUAAAACCAUGUGCACCGACCGGAAAUAUUUACGGGUUGCCCGUAAGCUCAAGGUUUUGUAUCGCUAAUGUUUUAUUUAAUACUUACUAAGCCCGUACUUAUGGCACAACCACACCCUGGCUGCUUAAGUUGAUAACAACGGCAAAAGGGGUUUAUCCCCGUCGACACCUCCCUCGGACGUUCUUAACUAUGUAAUGGAAAUUUACGUUCUCAAUGAUGUGUUGUUAUCGUUUUUUAAAAACGUUUAUCCGAGCCCG